AUUCUUUCUGAAUUUCAUCUAGCUUUACAAAAGAAAGAAAAUAACUCAACCAAUACAAACGAUAAUUAAAACAACUAGGCAUGUGUCCCUUGAGAAAUACCGCUUCCAACCUACGUCAAUCGGGCUGUUUAAGGUGCCUUGCGAAAGUUGCCUCGCAACUGAUUCCAGCGCCGUGGGGGUUAAAGAAUCAUGGUAAGAUUUUUGGUGACGUUUCGCGUGGUUAAGUUACUCAGUGAGGUAAAAAGAAGGUUGGUUUCAUACGACGAGAGACGCAAGGCAUAAGUCCAGUGAUUCAGGUACACGGUCACGGCUGGGAGAUCGUUCAAUGCAUUUUAGUUUUGCGUCGCCAGACCCCAGGAAGUGGAGAGGGGCGUCGGGCUGUCAGUUCGAAUCAGACUCUCUCUGCCACUUAACCUCCAACCAGCGACUGGAGCCAAGUACAACACUGCACAGUCAACCGCAUAAAGCGCCCAUUCUAAUACUUUGCUAAAGCUACAAUCUGAUUUCCAGUCCGUGUAUUCCAGAUGUCUGAUCAGUCUUCAGAGGCGGAUUCACUGCUCGGGCAAUCUGUUGACUCGUGCGAGGAGGAAAUUGACGUGGAAAGUUUAGCGGAUUGCUUUUCGCAAGGCGACAGUCUGGGGUAUGUAGAGGGAGAGGAAGAAGGGGAGGAGGAAGAGGAGAAAAUGAUUAAUAGGUGCAACAAGGCAAAGAAGCCUGUGUCCGAGCCGCGAAGGCUGGCUCGGAGUCCCAAAUGCGCUCGCUGCAGAAACCAUGGCGUCGUCUCAUGUCUGAAAGGGCACAAGAGGUUCUGUCGCUGGAGAGAUUGCCAGUGUACCAACUGCCUACUGGUAGUGGAGAGGCAGAGGGUGAUGGCAGCUCAGGUAGCUCUCAGGAGGCAGCAAGCUAUCGAGGUGAAGAAAGGUGUGAGUGGCAAGGAAUCCACGACGUCAGCCCGCAGAGCUUCCUACCAGCGAUAUCCUCGCACUCCCAGUCUCCUGGCAAAAAGCAUUUUGGAAGGUUACCGCGCCCCGCAGGAUGACAGUUUAUUCUGUCCAAGCCGUUUCUCCCUACCGCCGCUGAGUGACAGGAUGAGGAAAAGGAGAGCUUUUGCAGACAAGGAGCUGGAAAGUGUGAUGUUGGAAAGAGAGUACAGAGAGAGAGAAUUACAGGAACUAGCUGCAUUUCAAGUCUUCAUGAGACCGAGUAUGGAAACUCACCCCAAGUACAACCUUCUUAAAGUCAGCUACAACCAGUUCUGUGACCCAUCACAAUUUAACCCUUCAGCGUCCAAGGAGUUACUAAAUAUUUACAUUCCUUUUGUGCACACCAAUCCUGCCAUGUGGGAUUUUGGACCUCAUUGUUACCAAGACAACAUUGAUCAGACUAGGGAAUCCUGUUCAGCAAACAUAGCAGGCUGUAUUUCCGAACAGACGUUAGGCUACACUUCAAUAUGGGGGCAAAAGUCUACUCCAGUGAACAAUUCAUUCUAUCCAUACAACGCGUCCGACUCUACCAGUUUACCCGAACGAUUGGACCCUACAAGGCAAAUUCUUGAAUAUGGAGAAUUAAAUUCAAAGGAGGCCUGUUCCAGUUACAGGGGUAAUUACACACAGGCAAAAAUCACAAAAAGUUUUGAUUCAUUUCCCGAAAAUACAGCUCUAUGUUCCUCUCAGAGACAAAUAGUACAAUACCCAGAACUGUCUGAGGAGUUUGUUUCAUUCAGCAAUUACUUAACCCUAGACUCACAGGUAGCAGCUGAGUCUACGAGUAAGUCUGCUUCAGGCAGUUUCAUCGCAAGAGAAGCUUUAAGACAUUUUACAAAGAAAACACGGGAACAUUGUUCUGGCAAUCAAGUGAAAGUAACUAAACAGAUGUUACCAUUUUCUGUGGAAUCUCUUUUGAAAACAUAAUCUAAAAUACAUUUGAUUCCAGUUUAAAAGAUCCUUGUCUCAUUAGGCAUUUCUUUUUGUGUGAUACAAAACGUUAUUGCUUAAUGCAGAUAAAUUAUAAUGUCUUGAUAUCCUGGAGACAUCUAAAUAUUAAUAGUUUGGGCACAUUUUUUGUCUGUCCGUUUAAUUGCUAUUCUUAAAGUAACCAUUAGAAUCUUGCUUUUACAUCUUCGGUUUAUCAGGUAGUAUAUAUUUUUUCUUUGAAUUCGAUAUAUAUACCCUAUGCCCAAUUACUACUUUUGUUCAACAGCGGGUGUUAAAAUAUAUUUGAAAAUACAAUCUUAUAUAAAAUUGUUGUGUGCUUGCUAACCAAAUAAUAGUGGUCAAUUUCAUGAUGAGACAAGACAUUAGUUGUAAAAAUGAUACUCUCAUUGCCCUAAUUCAUGGCUUAAUUGAAUGAAUAAGGAAUGACUGCAAAAAUAAUUUUCGAGACUGUAUCAACUGUACCUUUGAAGUGUUUGUCAUUUUAAUUGCAUAUAGUUUCAUAUGACAUAUUCAAACCAAUGGAAAUAAAGUCACAUGGAGUCUUAGAACUCACACGUAUUUCAGAAAUCAACUACCCCAGGCUGAUUACAUUACUAUCUAGAAUAUUCCCUCGUUGACCCAUUGGUCGUUUUUGUAUUGACUUGGAGAGACAAAUGUUCAGUGCAUUGUCUAGGAAGAAAAGCAUCUGCUAAGAUUUUAAUUCCCGAUCACUGUUCAGCAAGUCUGCCUGGAUGAGCAUGUAUAUUAUUUGGCAUUAAGCUAUGUAACUUGAAGUGAGUGUUCCAAAAUGUAUAAUUUAACGUGCUUAACCUCCAUUCAAAUAGUGUCCUCUAUUCUAUCAUCUGUAGGGAUAAUCUUCAGCAAAGGCUUUGUGAAAUCUAUAGCGUGGCCCUUAUAAUCAAAUAUUUUUUUGAUGCUUACUUUGAGUUGAACCAAGUAAUAUAUUUUAAUUGAUUGAAUGUUCAGGCUAGUAGUGACAUCAAUUGUACUAUAAUUAAUGACAAUCUAAGUCUAUGCUGUUGAUCCCAAAAAUUAGUUCCAAGUAGGAUUCUCUACAUUUAGUUCCUACAUGAUGUCUAUUGGAGACAUUAUUCCAAAUUGACAUUUUGUGAUAAUGAUUACAUCUCUUUUAAUAAGCUCCAGAUAACUGUAUUAAUAAUGUCUCAAUUUUGCUUCAAUUAACAUAACUUCCUGUUUGUCAGUAAUCCUGUGCUGCCAACAAUUUUGAUCCAGUCGUUUGCAUUCUCAAAGUUUCAUAAUCCCUCUUGGAUGACUACCUGUGUUAAUUACUGUUCCUCCAUAGAUAUCUAAUUAUUUACAUCAUAAUUACAAUCCUUUAUGAGCAUAUUGUGUUCCAUUGCAUAUUUAGCAUCAUUGUAACAUUGUGCCUUUUAUUACACUAAUAUCAUGUUUGUUACAGAACACAAUGUUUUUUUCAACAUGGACUACAUAUAAGAGGAAAUAAUUGGUUUUGUAAAUGUGAAAGGAGAUAUUUUUUUGUAAUAAAGCUAUUCCUGAUAUUUGAGUAGCCUCACUGCUGUGGCGCUGACGGAUGUUGUGUGAUAGUGCGCAAGUUAAAAUCUAAAUAUUAAAUCUGUUCAAAAUGUAUUGUCCUCUGCUGGCAGCCUGAGAGUUAAAAUAUAGCUUAUUGAAUUGCACUGAGAAGGCAAAAUGAAUGCCUACACACACAUGCCAAGCCACUAUUAAAUGGAAAUAGUGGUUGUGCAUACAUCAAAUAAAUUCCCUGUCUAAAAACAGAGUAACAUGCUAUGAGUUAAGUGCACUUAAAUCAUUAAAGCAUUUGACAGUGAUCCAUGUAAUUAUUGUUUAGUGACAGGUAUAUGCUCAUAUUAGCACUUUUUAAAAAUUACAAAGGCAAGUCGCAUUACCUUUAUACCAAUAGGUAGCUGGCUCAACUCCCAGUCCAGGGAAUUGAUUAUAAAAUCAAGGUGGACUCCAACACAGUGCUGAUAGAAACCUGUGGUGACAAACGUACAAGCUUUUAGAUGCUUCUUGUUAAUCUGGGGCUUCUCAUGUUUUCUGAGAUAAGUAUAAAAGAUCCUAAGGUACCAUACAACAAACUGCAUAGGAAUUCUUUUUGAGAAAUAUUCCCUACACAACUAACAUAAUGACAAAUCUGAUCAUUGCACUCUGCUGUGUGUUGGGUCUGGCUACAUGUAAAAUGCCUGCCCCUUGACUAAAUUCUGAAUUAAUUGUCAUUUUGAUCAACGUCAUGCUACACAUGUAUUUUUCUUUCCUGUUGUUAAAAAGAUUCCAACAAUACUCUAUAACGAUAAAUCAUUUUUUAUAUUUAAUAGUAUCCCGGAGACUCCAAAAUAUCUUUCAUUCAUUUUUUAGUUUAUAAGAAAAUGUAUGUUGUUUGGCAAUCACUCCCUCGCAUCUUCAGUCCAUCUGUCUCAGUUACAAUCUUCCCUGUGCCACUCAUAUAUGUUGGUCAAAUUACAGCUAUCAAACUUCUUUCAUUGGUUCAUAUUAAUUUCCAAAAUAUGCCACCUUUCAUGCUCUAGACCUCCUGUUGUGAAUGUUCAUAUUGUUGAAAUUAAAUCUCAUUACAUUGUUUCCAAUUCUUUCUCAGUACCUGAAAUCUUAAAACAAAAUCUUUUUUUUUUUUCUUGCUUUGCUUCUUCAUUUAAAGUAAAUACAUAUGAAAACUUUCUGUGAAACAAUCCAUGUUUCUUUGGAGAUUCAAGCUCUGUUUUUAAAAUUGAGAUGGAAUCUUUCAUGCCAUUCCUGACGGCAUCCCCUUAUUCUUGACAUUGCUUGGCCCUAGACUGUGUUAAUACCAGUAUCUUCACAUAUUUAUACCGACAGGGGAGACAUGUUUUUAUCAUUUCUACUAUCAGAUGCAGUGAAGGACAGAUGACAAUGAAAAUUGAUCACCCUCUAAAAUUAAAUAAAUUAUCAGAGGCUGAGAUUUCUUAAUCACUAUUUGACUAUGUUUAAAUGAUAAUACUGGUUAAAACAAAAUUAUUUUCCCAUUUCCUGAUGAUGCAAAAGUUUGAACAUUUUGUUUAUCUGCCACACUUGGUAGGUGGACUCAUCACAAGCAAUAUAAUGGCCAAGGCCCAUUGCAACUUCAUCAGAAAUUAUAUAUAAAUCCACAAGGCAUCAACUGAUUAUCCUCUUGUUAUUUUAAUGUGGUGAGAACAAUUGUAAUCUAUAUACUGCACAUCAGAUAAUAUCAAUCAACAACCAUAUUACAUCAAUAGCCUGCAUUAGUGUCAUAUUUAAAAAUACAAUUAUGGAAGAUGCUGGGCUUACUUAUUCUUAACAAAUUGAUAUGCAUCUUAAAAUGCUUUAUGGAUACCAAAACAAAUAUUUUUUUGGCAUCAUUUUCCACAGAAAGAUUUGAAUCUUUUAAUGAAUUCUAAAUUAUUAAGAUUAUCCCUUUGUUCCAAUAUUUCAAGCUACCUUUCUCUUUAUUCAUUGUUAUUAAGGAAUAUGAACAGAAAAUAAAUUAUGUGAGAAUCUGAAAGCUUUUUAAGCUAUCUAUUAAAAUUGUUUUGAAAUAAACACCAUUAGUGAAUUCUGAAUUGGAACAAAUAUGUUCCUGAAGUUUUUCAAAGUCUCACCUGACUAACUCUAUCAACGUAAUUACAAAUUAAACUUGAGGAUGUGUCAAUGAUACAUAGUGACAUUGAAAAAAAAUUAGAAGUAUGUACAAGCCCUUAGAUUCUUAUCGAAUUGUUUUUGUUUGAGAAAAAAGUCAAUUUGAAAAUAAUCCUCCAUUUAAAAAUUAUAAUAGAAAAUUUAAAAAUCAGAAAACAUUCUAUUUUGAAAAUCCUAGACAAAUUUACCUUUACUUGUAUAUAUGCAAUAAAUUAUAAUUGUGUACAUGAAAGUUAUAUUUCUAAAUGUGGUUUUAUGUAAAAUUUUGCUAUAAAUAACAAUAUUGACUAUGUAUUCUUCGGUUUAUAUUGAGCAGUAAUCCAAAUAAAA